CAGGAAACGGUGACGUUCCUUUGAGUAUGAGAGGAAAUCAGAGCACAAUGGAACUGAGUGCACAUUCACUAUAAAGUAACAUGAACCAGCAGAACUCAAAGCUGUGUUUGAUCGUGAUGGUGGUCCUCUUAUUUUCUGGCAAAAGCCAUUCAUCAGAAAGAUCUGAAGCAACCACACCAAUGAUCCAUACAACUCAUCCUACUGAAAAUUAUACAUUUACUCCAUUAUCUACAACUUCUACACAUCACGACCCCUGUACCAACAACUGUCUGACAUCACAACCAAGUAAGAAGGUGUCACCAACAAUUUCACAAAGUUCAUCAGCAAUAAAGAUUCUGGAGGAUGUCCACAAUGGAAAUAUUGCAAAUGCCAACACAAAGGCAAAUAAACUUUUGUUGAAAACAACUGAAAAUUUUACACAUAUAUUGAUCUCUUCAUCAUCUUCUGAAAAUAUUUUGGAGUCCCUUCCAAAUAACAGCAAAUUAAUUGGGAUAGUUCUGCUUCCAAUUCUGGUCCUUUUUCUUCUUGGUUUAAUUAUUGCCAUUCUGCUGAAUUGUUCUCGUGGAAAAAGACAAAGAAUAAAUGAUGUUAGUUGUGAAAGUCCAGCAAGCCCCAUAUUCGAGGAAGAUGUAGCUUCUGUGAUGGAAGUUGAAAUGGAUGAAGUCAACAAAUGGAUGGGCAGCAUGAAAGAAAAAACUCAAAAUGAAAGUUUACUUGACGUCAGCGAAGACAAGAAUUAAAACGCAGCCACCCUCGAUUAUGGAAUAUUUCCUGCAAAGAAUAAUCCUUAUCCACCACAACAGCACAUAUGUACAACAGAAUGAGUGUAAUUAGCACUGUUCCUUCAUUUUGUUUUCAUAAUGCUUGCUUGCAGAUUAAUUUUUAACAAAUGUACAAAACAGUGUUUUUGUUAACUUUGUACUGAAAUGUUUCCCUGUCCCCAAAUGAUGCCUAACCUGAACUUUCCCUAUUUCCAGUGUUUUCUAUAAGCAGAUUAGAAGGAUUAUUUGUUCUGAUUAAAUAAUUGCCUUCAUAUUUCUGUUCAGUUAUUUUAACGUUAGGUGUCAGUUUUUCUAGAUAAACAUUGGCCCUACUUUCCGAGCAUGCUGUCUAGUUUGAUGAAUGUAUUUAUAUCAGAAAUUAUUGUGCUCAUUUUACAAAUAAAAAAUAGAUGCAAAAGAGA